AUGACGGGUCUAAAUAAAGCUCUCACGAAAAAGCCGCUACCCGACCAGGCGCCGAGGCUAAUCGACGAUGCCCCAUAUCCAGUAAAUUACGCUGAAAACAAGACGUCAACCCUAAAACCCUACAUCUUUAUCGCAUUUGCCACUACGAUAUUCUUUUUUUGCUUUGUCGCACCGGCCUAUUUCCCUUCGAUUUUCAAGCAAAUCGGGUUUGGUAGCUAUGAAAAACACGCCGCAAAUGAGAACGAGCGCUACGAUACUGCUUUCUUCGAGUUUAUGAAAGAAUUUGACCGUCACUACAAAAACCGAGCCGAAUUCAACUAUCGGCAUCGGAUUUUUAUGCAAAAUAUGAAAGAGUGGGAAGCAGAAGAGGCGGAGGAUUUGAAAAAUGGCGGGAAUUUGGACCUUGACAUCAACCAAUUUGCCGAUUAUACGAAAGAGGAGAUGGCAAAGAUGCUAAUGUCGGGUGAUUUUGGACCUCCAGUGGUCGAGGGUGCCGCUCCAAUUGAGAUGGGUCGGUAUUUGUCGAAGGACUACCAGCGCCCCGCGUCGAAGGAUUGGGUCCAAGAGGGGAAAGUGACGGCCGUUAAAAAUCAAGGUCAAUGCGGAAGUUGCUGGAGUUUUGCCACGGUGGCGACGGUCGAGUCGGCGGUGGCGAUUAAGAGGAAUAAUUUGGACACUCUCUCGGAGCAGGAACUCGUCGAUUGUGAGCACGACCAGGGAGGCUGUAAUGGAGGAUAUCGGCCUUAUGCUUACCGGUGGAUCAAGGAAAAUGGUCUGGUUCAAGAAUCCGGAUACCCGUACGUCGCUCAGGUUUCCGGACAAUGCCGAUUAGAUCGAUUUGACGUUAAGACAAGAGUCUACAUCGACGACUAUCAGAUGUUGAGCAAAGACGAGGGCUUGGUGGCCGAUUGGGUGGCGGCUAACGGGCCGGUGUCGUUUGGCAUGAAAGUGACCAAGGACCUUUUCCACUAUAAAUCCGGCGUCUUCCGGCCCAAUCCGGACGCUUGUGCCCAUGAAUCUCAGGGCUCCCAUGCAUUGACGAUUGUGGGAUACGGCUCCGAGAAUGGCCAGGAUUACUGGCUGGUCAAGAAUUCCUGGGGCAACUGGGGCCUCGGCGGAUAUUUCAAGCUAGCGAGAGGUAUCAACGCCUGUGGAAUGGCCGAAACGAUCGUUGCCCCGGUCGUGAGACAA